CGACCAGAACGAUUUCGUGGGGCAGACGGUGGAGAUGGGCGACAUGAAGCUGCGCAUCAAGCGGGUCAUCGCGGAGGACUAAACAGCUCCAGUUCCUGCAGCCUUUCCUCAUAUGAAAGAUGUUCCAGUCCCCUGAUCAUCUUUAUGGCCCUGUGCUGGACUCUCUUGAGCACUUCCCUGUCCUUGUUGAGCUGAGGAGCCCAGAACUGGACACAGUACUCCAGAUGACGCCUCACCAGGGCACAGUAGAGGGGAAGAAGAACCUCCCUUGACCUGCUGGCCACACUCUUCUUGAUGCAUCCCAGGAUGCCAUUAGGUGCCUUGGCUCCAGGGCACAUUGCUGGCUCAUGUUUAGUUUAUUUAUCAACCAAGGCUCUCAGGUCUCUCUCUGCAGAGCUGCUCUUCAGCAGUUAGACCCCCAGCCUGUACUGGUGCAUGGGGUUGUUCCUUCCCAUAUACAAGACUCUACACUUGUCCUUGUUGAACCUCAUGAGGUUCCUCUCUGCCCAACUCUCAAGCUGGUCGAGAUCUCACUGAAUGGCAGCACAGCCUUCCGUGGAAUCAGCCAGUCCUCCCAUUUUGGUGUCAUCAGCCAACUUACUGAGGGUACACUCCACGGUCAGCAAGUGGUUUUGCUUUUGUCUAUGAAGCACAAGAUCUCGGAAGUGGCAAAGAUUAUGCUUUAAAGCGAUUGUUGUCCAAUGAAGAAGAAAAAAACAAAGCCAUCAUUCAGGAAGUUUGUUUUAUGAAAAAACUUUCAGGGCAUCCCAACAUUGUCCAGUUCUGCUCUGCUGCAUCUAUAGGAAAAGAAGAAUCAGACACAGGACAGGGAGAGUUUCUUCUGCUUACAGAGUUGUGUAAAGGACAGGUAGUGGAAUUCUUAAAGAAAGUAGAAUCCAAAGGGCCUAUCUCCUGUGACACAGUUUUGAAGAUCUUUUAUCAGACCUGCAGAGCAGUGCAGCAUAUGCAUAAACAGAAGCCUCCUAUUAUCCAUAGAGAUUUAAAGGUGGAAAACUUGCUUAUUAGUAACCAAGGGACAAUUAAACUUUGUGACUUUGGAAGUGCUACAACUAUAGCUUACUGUCCUGACUACAACUGGUCCUCACAGAAAAGAGCACUGGUUGAAGAAGAGAUCACAAGGAAUACAACGCCCAUGUACAGGACACCAGAAAUGAUAGACUUGUAUUCAAAUUUUCCAAUUGGUGAAAAACAAGAUAUUUGGGCUCUAGGCUGUAUCCUGUACUUACUGUGCUUUAGGCAACAUCCCUUUGAAGAUGGAGCUAAACUCCGCAUAGUCAAUGGGAAAUAUGUCAUCCCGCAAAAUGACACUCGCUAUUUGGUGUUUCAUGAGCUCAUUCGCUCCACAUUGAAAGUCAAUCCAGAGGAAAGACUGACAAUCACUGAACUUGUUAAUCAACUGCAGGAGAUUGCAGCAGCUAGGAAUGUGAAUCCCAAAUCCCCAAUCACAGAGCUUCUGGAACAAAAUGGAGGCUAUGGAAACAAUGCUCAGCCUCGGACAUCUGUGACCUCCGUUUCACAGAGCUCCAAGCCUGCAGGACAGUUCAACAAUAUGUACAAUGCAGGCUUGACCGUUGCAGAAUGUGACCAGACUUAUGGAGGGUUCUUUGAUAUUCUGAGGGGUGGAACAGAGCGAUUUUUCACUAAUAUUAAGGAUACAUCUUCUAAAGUUAUCCAGUCUGUUGCCAAUUAUGCUAAAGGAGACUUGGAUAUAUCAUACAUCACUUCCAGAAUUGCUGUGAUGUCCUUUCCAGCUGAAGGUGUAGAAUCUGCCAUCAAAAAUAAUAUAGAAGAUGUGCGGUUAUGUCUGGACUCUAAACAUCCCGGCCACUAUGCUGUGUACAAUCUUUCUCCAAGAACAUACAGGCCUUCAAGGUUUCAUAAUAGGGUUUUUGAAUGCGGCUGGCCAGCAAGACGAGCACCAAAUCUUCAGAAUCUUUAUAGCAUAUGCAAGAAUAUGCAUUUAUGGUUGAAACAAGACCAGAAAAAUGUUUGCAUUGUGCACUGCCUUGAUGGAAGAGCAGCAUCUGCUGUUGUAGUUUGUUCUUUCCUGUGUUUCUGUCGUCUCUUCACUACUGCUGAAGCUGCAGUUUAUAUGUUCAGUAUGAAACGUAGUCCUCCUGGCAUUUGGCCUUCUCAUAAAAGAUACAUUGAAUACAUGUGUGACAUGAUGGCUGAAGAACCCAUUAUUCCUCACAGCAAGCCCAUCCUUGUCAGAUCAAUUGUCAUGACUCCAGUUCCUCUCUUCAGUAAGCAGCGUAAUGGCUGCAGGCCUUUUUGUGAAGUUUAUGUGGGAGAUGAGAGAGUAACGACUACCUCUCAGGAAUAUGACAAAAUGAAGGAGUUUAAAAUUGAAGAUGGGAAAGCAGUAAUUCCACUCGGUAUAACAGUCCAGGGAGAUGUCCUUAUUGUGAUCUAUCAUGCCAGGUCAACACUAGGAGGCCGACUACAAGCCAAGAUGGCUUCAAUGAAGAUGUUUCAGAUUCAAUUCCACACAGGCUUUGUGCCCCGAAAUGCCACCACGGUGAAAUUUGCCAAGUAUGAUCUGGAUGCCUGUGACAUACAAGAAAAAUACCCUGAUUUAUUUCAAGUUAAUCUGGAAGUAGAGGUGGAGCCCAGAGAUAGACCUAGCUGUGAACAGCCACCAUGGGAUAACAUGAAUAUAAAGGGACUGAAUCCCAAGAUCCUUUUCUCCACCCGAGAGGAACAACAAGAGAUUUUAUCAAAAUUUGGGAAACCGGAGCUGCCAAGACAACCAGGUUCAACUGCACAGUAUGAAGCAGAAACAUCCCAGUCUUCAGAAGGUGCACCUACUGAUACAGAAUCCCCACACAGCGGUAGUACUGAUGCAAAUAACUUCUUUAAUUCUCUGGACUGGAAAGAAGGAGAAAGUCCAGAAAGUGGAAUGGAGGACAGUUCAUCUAAAAAUGAUCAUGUUCAGCGAUCUGAUGACAGAGAGGAGAAUGAUCCUUCAGUGGAGAAAUUACCUACAUUUCCAGGUGAAGAAAAUGCAGUAAAUGUUGAUGAAAAAGACUCCAGUUCUCCAGAAGGAGAGUUGCUUUUUGAAGCCAAUUUUGAAGCUCCAUCUGCAUCUUUACAAAAAUCUCUUCCUGAAAAGGAUAUAGACUUACUGGGACUGAAUUCUGAUAUUUCACCAGAGCAGCAACAACCUGUCUCAGAAAUAAAUUCUUCAUCAAGUAAUGCGGACUUGUUAAGCAAUCUAUUUGUGGGUAGCACAUCACAGACUUCAGAACAACCCACUAUGGAUCUUCUUGGACAAGGAACAGCUUUUUUUCUCAGUGGUCAGCAUUCAACUGCUACUCAGGGUACAUCAGCAGCAGCAGCCACGUCUUCAGCUGAUCCUUUUGACCCAUUCACAGUGUCCUCAAGUUCAGAGAAUCAAGCCCUGUCUGGUCCAGACCUCUUUGGGGACUUUCUUAAUCCAAACUCAACAUCUACAGCUAGUACAGUUCCUUCCAUACAUGGUUCACUUGGGCCUUCUUCCAGCUCAGAUUUCUUAAAUUUAGGGAGUUUGACACCCGAGCCACCCAAAAUAUCAUCAUCUACAAGCCAGCCAGAUCUCUUAGGUGGAUGGGAUUCUUGGGGAGAGUCCACACCAACCAGCAACUUUACAUCAUCACAGUUGAAGCCUCUUUUUGAAGGUCAAGCUUUUACCACAGCAAGCCAGUCCAGUGUGUCGUCAGGUCUGUCUUUCAACCAGGCUAAAUCUCAGAACUUUGAUCCUUUCGCUGAUCUUGCCAGUCUUGGGUCUGUCCUUCCAGGUUCCUCCAGUGGUGGCUUUGGUCAGAAGACUGUACCAUCUCAGAAGGUGGGGAAUCAGUGGCAGAAAUCCACAAAACCACAAAGUACUUCAUGGCAUUCCCAGACUAAAUCCAGCACAGCAGCUAAACCUAACUACACGGUAAACUUCAGUGUUAUUGGAGGACGAGAAGAAAGAGGAGUCCGAACCCCAAACUUUGGUCAAAAGCCAAAAGUUUCAGAAAAUGACUUUGAGGAUCUCUUAUCUAAUCAAGGGUUUUCAGCUAAAUCGGAUAAAAAGGGACCAAAGACCAUUGCAGAGAUGAGAAAAGAAGAAAUGUCUAAGGAUGUGGACCCCUUGAAACUCAAGAUUCUUGAGUGGAUUGAAGGAAAAGAGAGAAAUAUCAGAGCACUAAUAUCCACUCUUCAUACUGUGCUCUGGGAAGGGGAAAAUAAGUGGAAGCCAGUGAGCAUGGCAGAUCUUGUGACUCCUGAACAAGUAAAGAAGUACUACAGGAAAGCAGUGCUUGUAGUUCAUCCCGAUAAGGCCACGGGACAACCUUAUGAGCAGUAUGCCAAAAUGAUCUUCAUGGAAUUGAAUGAUGCAUGGUCAGAGUUUGAAAACCAGGGAUCGAAGUCCCUUUUCUAAAACUCCGUAUUUUAUAGAACUACUUCAAAAAACUGGAGCUGAGCAUUGUUGUUACUUUAUUGCACCUAUGAUUUAUGGAGUGCUUUUCCACAAGUACAACAGAAUUUCUAAUCAGUUAUACGUGGUGAUGGGUUUUGUUAGAUAUAGAGUACAAAGCAUUACGCAAAUUCAUUAAGAAAGCAGCUGCUCAGUACAUAAAGAAAUCACAACUAGGGAGUAAUGAUUUCCUUUCAAUUUUACAUAUGGUAAACCAUAAUUUUAAUGAAGCUUCAUGAUUUCUGGUAUACUAAUAUUAGUUAUAAAUCAUUCCACUUUAACUGAUCUAUGCUUUACCUCUGCCUUCCCCAACUAGCCUGUUACUUUCAGUAGUUCUGUGAUUUGAUUUUGGUGUUUGGUGCCUGUCACUUCAUUCAAAGUGCUUUAGUUGUCAGCAGUGAAUUUGCUUGGCUUAUCUCAAACCUGAAGGUGUAUAUUUUCCUCAAUCUGAUAAUCACUCUGUAAAUAAUGUUUUCUGACCAGACCCAUGUUCCUUACAAUAAGGUAACAGUUGUUUAGCCAAAAAGACCUCAAAUGUGGGAAAGUCAGCCACUGAUUUUGUGAUUAACUGAAAAAUCAGUUACUGAUUUUUUUGUUUUUUUUAAUAUAUCGUGAACCUAGAAACAAAUCUUUCCUGCUGUUUUGUUAUUUAUUGUGAACCUUUGGAAGGCAGCGCUUACUUUCCUGGUUCUUUAAAUGAUGUCUCUUGCUUCUAAUUUCAGUAGAAAAUCCUUCCAUUGGACUUCAUUCUGAUACAAAUAAUGUUAUUCUGAAACUUGAAGUGUAAGCACAAAACAUUUUACUCUGCUUUCAUUUGUCUGGGUAAAUACUACGUUACUCAUUGUCAUCUGGAGAGCAUUUAAAGUGUUUUAACACAUGUUGUUGCAUGUCUGUACUUCUGUAUUUGAGAUACGCAUGGCAACAGUGUACGUGAAAAUGUGGGUAUGUUGGUAUACUUGUAUUUCUUCUGUCCUGCCUUCCGUGCACUGCAUAGAAUGGGUAGAGACAACUUCAUGACAAAACUUGCCAUGUGUUCUCAUCCCUAUUCAGAAGGCAGAUUUUCACUAGUGCCAGGGUGAAUGAGUGCAAGUGACCAAUGGCUGUUAUAGUCAGUGUAAUGUCAAAACACAGUUUUCAUAUAAAACUUGAAAAUGUUGAAAAUUAGUGUUGUGAUGUUAAAGGUUUGGUAGCAAACUCAUAAAACAGUACAGUUGGUCAUUAAAGGGGAUAUUUUUAUCAUCUUGUCAUUUUAUACAUUGUGCAUACCUCUCAGUUAAGUAUCAGAGGUAAUUGUUCAGCUGAGCAAUAUCUAAGCAGAAACGGUGGGAGCCUAAUGCCACCUGAGCAGUGUCUUGGAUGAGGUUUUCCACUGCCAUACCACCCUGAGAGCUGAUGGGUUAGAGACUUAGAAACAAAGGUUACAAGUUAUACUCUCUAAGCUCAGAUGUAAUACCGUUACUUAUUAACAUCUGAUAAAAGGUUUUGUGUGUGUGCAUAUUCACAUCCAUAUUCAGCUACUGUGAUUCUCUUAUUAAGAUGGAAUCCAGGAUCAGUUCUGGAUCAGCAAGGUUGUAUAUUACUCAUAGCUGCAGUUGUAUUUCAGUUACUGCUUUGAGUCAGUCUUAAAUCUCAGUAAAUCUCAGAUUUCUUUGUAAAAAUAACCUGCUGUUUGAUUUAUUGCUAAGAGCUAACCUUUUUUCUUUGGGACAUUUUGUUAAUUCUUUGUUUAUGUGGUCUGCAUCCAUGGAAAUUAUGGGCUUCUGCUGGUAGGAUAGGUUUGUUGGGGACCUGCUUGGCUUUUUACGGUCCUAAGGCAAAUGAUAGGUAGUUGCAGUUUCACAGAGACACACAUGGUGACUGUGAUUGCACUCCUAGAUACAGCUGUGAUAAAUGUGUUUCCAAGAAAGCUGCUUUUAGUGAGGCAGGACUGCUUAGAAAAUGCAUGUUCCUUAAAAGCACAUAUGAACAACUUCAUUUUGAAGGACACAUUUUGAAUUACUCUUUCCUUGAAACACAUGUAUAAAAAUUUAGAAUGUGUAUUGGGAGCAAAAUAUCUUCCUCUGCUUUCUAAGUUUGGCAGCACUUUCUGGACAAACCUUUCUCUCUUUUUAAUUCUCUGCUCUUGUUGGUAAGUUUUUCUUUAAUAUUAGAGAGGAACCUUAGAUAUGAUUUUAAGGGAUCAGGAGAACAAGAGUGCAGGUGUUUUAUCUGGAACUGCGUCUCUCUUGAAAUGGAUUUCCCCUUUCUGAAAUUAUAGAAAACCAUGACAUUUGGCUGCAGAUUCUUCCAAGAGCCAUUUGAAAGUUACUGAAACAUCAGUCAGAUUGAAAGGACCUCUCAACUUACUUUAUUGGCUUAACCAGCUCUGGUCCUCAGUGGUGAACUGGCUGGAUUCCUCUGCCCUGCUCCUUUCGAUGUGUUUGAAUUUUGGUGCUAAGAAUCUAGGAGACACUCUGCCUGGUAAACUCUCAAAUCUUAACAGUGAAAUUAUUUUGGCAGUGCAUGCACAUGUGGGGUGUGUGUGUGUAACUGUCAUUCAGCUGUGUUGCAUACAAGAAUGUGUGAAAAGUUUGGGUUCUGUAAGGCCAUGUGAGCAAACUUCAAAAACUCAAAUUAUAAUCAGCAUGAGCAUAGUAAACUGAAGAUUUGUUUUCUUUAGAACAUAGAGCAACAUGAGGACCACUAAAGGUGUUUCAUAGUGAAAGGCUUGUUUUUAGUUAUAGGAAUCUGGAAAGAUUAAGGAAGUGAAUGUAAUUUUAUGUAAACAUAUAUUACAUUUUAAUUUUGCUUUUAAAUGAGAAGGUCAUUUAGAAGAAGAAAAAAGUUCUGUUUUAAUUCAUCUUAAACCAGUAGUUUAAAAAAUGGAAAAACAUCAGGAAUGAGGGCUUUUUGACCUUUUUUAUGCUCUGUACUUCAUUGUCAAUUGGUUGUCUGCCAUAUGGGAUAGGACUGCACCCAAACUUGCAUGCAUAUUGCACUGCACCUCUACCCUUAAUGUCCACAAAUUGAAAAGCUUUUAGAAAAGGCUUUUAGAAAAAUUAAGGUGAGACUUAGAUACUGAAUUAUCUCUGGGCUUAAAAUGUGUAUUUUCCAUUCUUGCUUGUUAUUCAUGGCAUGGGUAAGUUUUGAGAUGUUGAAGUGAAACAAGCUGGACUUGAAAGCUGGAACUGAUCUGCUUCUGCUUGACUGUGAAGCAUGAGGUUGUGGUAACUGAAUGCUGCCAGUCAGUUGGUGGUCUUACUGCCAGACUUGACAGGUGGCACUUGAUGUUCUGUUGUGAAGCACCUUGACUUGCAGCAGAUCACGGUGCCUUUUGGCUCAUGUUGUAGUUUCCUUGUCAGUUGUUAACAACUGACUGGUACCAUGCCUUCUUUGCAGCCUAUCAGGAUCAAGUUCUUAAACGAGAACCUUGACAUUAUUAUUUUAAGAGGAAAAAAAAACCAACGCAACCUAGGUUAAGGAAAGAACAUCUGGAACCUACACCUCAAAUUCUGGUUUCUAAUUCUCUCUUCAUUGACCUGUUCCUUCCUACCUCUGGUAAAAACAGGCCUAGAAUAGUGGAAAGAACAUAGAUUGUAGCUUGCUUUUCCACUUCUUUUAGAACAGUCCCUGACUGGCUACAGACAAGCAGCAGUAACAAGUGUUUUUGCAGAAGCUGCUAUAGAGUGGGACUUAAAAAAUGAUACAGCAAAUUUCCACUAGUUAUUUCUUAAUUAAGUUGCUUGUGUUACAUGCUAUUAGAUUUGGAGAGUCCAGCAAAGAUCUGUAAAGAAAAAUUGUCAUUAAGAGUGUGAGUAGAGCCUGCCAAACUGAGAGGAAUGACGUGACUGUUGGAGGAAAUCAUUUGGUGUCUUUAACCAUGGAGAGGCCUGUUGAUGUUUCCCAGUGCUGUCAAAUUUCCUUGAACUUAACAGCAGAGAAGAGAAAGAAAAGGAGCAGUUAUGGGCUAUAUUAAACCAUGCAGUUAUGCUCAGUAUUGUUGGUGGAUAGUGAUUUCCAGGCAUCAAGCCUGGGAGUAAAAGUUAUUCUACCUUGUCGCUUGGAUAAGGCUUUGAUAAUUUGGUAAUCAAUGGUAGUUUCCUUCAGCAGGUGCAGAAUGGAAAACCUACAACUGUGCUAUUGAAGUAUUUUUACUUGGAUGGAUGACAAAGUCCUUGGCAUUGCACCUGUGAGAGUAACUAUUGCUCACGAAAAAUGCCUUGUUUACCUCUAUUUUCUUGAUAAUUCUAGAAAGUUCCUCCAGUAUUGUCUGGCCAAGCAGAGAGUAACAGUUCUUUCCAGAAUGCAGACUCCAUCUCCAAGCUAUGUGCAUGGGGUUGCUGCUUUUAUGGCCUGAAGAGGUGUUGCUGCCCUCAGACUGCAGAGUGGCCUGUGCUAUCCUAUCUCCCAGGGUCCAGGUGCAGUUUCCCUGCAGCAGUAGCAGCACUUUUGCACUGUUGCUGGUCACUGCAUCCUCAGCUGCUUACAGGACUAUUGCAGGGGAAGCGCAGCUGUGGAAACUUUGUUGCUUCUUAUCUGUGUCCUUAAUUGUCUGACAACUGCAGUGUAAUGAAUGCUUUGUAAAUAAGUUCAAAUUAGUCCAUACAAUUGCCUAUGCUUUGAGUCAGUUGACAUUUUCUGUCAAGAACUUUAAGGUGAUUAAGGUGUGGAAGCUGUAGAAGGAAUGUACCAUUUCCCACCCCUUGCAUCUGUCCCUGAUGCAGAGCAACUGGUACCAGCUGGUACCAGCUGCCUUUUGACCAGGAGCAAAGGGUGACUCAGCUGACCUGUGGUUCUGAUCCUGAUGCAUCUUGCAGUGCGAGCUUAUUGUAGAUUGCAGUUUAGACUGCAUUAAGCUUCCUAUGUAUACUCUAAAAAUACAAAUCCAGCCAUUUUUAUGAAGGAUACAUGUUAUCAUAGAAGCUUUUAUUAUCAAAAGGGGAUUAAGAGACAUUGUGAGAACUCCCAAAACACUUCACUGGAAUGUACUGUAUAUUUGCAAUGUAGACUUGUAGAAGUGAUUGUGAUCUCCAGCUCACUCUGAGGUCCUUAUUGUAUUUACCUGUAGUUGUGAUUGUACUUUCUAUACCUAUGAUUUUUCUGGUUUGAGGUGUGUGGAAGGGCAGAAUAGAUAUUCAAGUCCUAUUUUUUGCCAUCUUUCAAGAAAUGUGAUGUAUUGAAUAAUUUUGCUACUAGUGAAAUGAAAAUUAUACCUGUACAUAAAGGUAAUACAGUCAAAUUAAGCUUUGAUUAAAGAUAGACUUAAUGGUU